GUCAAAUUCUCUGACUUCCAUGCAGCUCAGAGUAGUAAAAGAAAAAAAAAAAAGAAAACAGUGCAAAACCUGGCCAGCGUGGAAAGGCAAUGCUGCAGACACACACACACAAAUGUGCAAGCACACAACUUCAGUGGUAUCAUAUAUCUUUAUCAAAGAGGCAUUGUGAAGAGGUCUGGUUAUUUAAGCUGAAAUGGAAGGAAGUGUUUUAAGGUUUUCAGAGAAAAAAGAAAAAUGUUCUAACUUGAAAUUGUCGCUCCAUGUAGCAGAACAUGAGCUCUGUCAGCAACAACUACCUCGACAUAUAGUUAAAAUACAAUGCAUGCAUGGAGUUGUACUUGCAGAAUUAAUAUCCAUUUAGUCAGAAAAUUGCAGUUUUUUUCUUCUCUUUUUCCCACAACAUUCUGUUGUAAGGUAUAUGCAUGCACCAUUGCUCGGAACAGCCGACUUUACUCAGAUUUCUCUUUUGUUUGUCUUUGGAUGCUUUAAUUUCAGCUCUUACCAGUGCAUUUCUAUAACUCAUGUAUUUCUGCUGUGGCUGUGAAGCAUUCCCUCUUUCAGCUCACGACUUCCCAGGAUGGCCAAUCAGAUUUAGAAACCUCCCCCAGGGGAGUGUGUGUUCAGACUCAUGGAGCCUCAGGUUUUCUCCCAGGUCAGACUUUCCUGCUGUUCUUCUCCUAACUUGGCUGAGCAUCAGCUCUUCCGUCUCAUCACUGGCCCCAGGUUUUUGAAGAAGCUGUGGUGGAUGUUUAUGGACUCUAAGUAACGAGGUUUCAAAUCACAAAAAUGGAAACAGACAGCAUCAGUAAAGCUUCACAAAAUGGCCCCACAGACAGAGAUGGGCCCUUGGAGAAAAAGCGACCCGAGAAAGCAACAGUGCUUCAACAAGAUAUUGGUUUGCUGAGUGGCAUUUCCCUGAUUGUGGGAACAAUGAUUGGCUCAGGGAUCUUCAUUUCUCCUAAAUCAGUGUUGCUGUACUCAGGAGAUGUGGGUCCCUGUCUCCUCAUCUGGACUGCCUGUGGAGUAUUAGCCACUAUGGGAGCCCUUUGCUAUGCUGAACUUGGUACUAUGAUCACCAAAUCAGGGGCAGAGUACUCCUAUUUAAUGGAGGCUUUUGGAUCCCUUGUUGCCUACCUUUACUCUUGGACCACUGUUAUGGUGCUGAAACCUUCUUCAUUUGCCAUCAUCACUCUUAGCUUUGCAGAAUAUGCCUCUGCUCCUUUUUACCCCGACUGCACCCCUCCACUCGUGGUUAUCAAGUGCCUGUCAGCAGCUGCAAUAAUCAUAAUCACUGGUGUCAACUGUUUGAGCGUCAAACUAGCAAGCUAUGUGCAGAACUUUUUCACUGGGGCCAAACUUAUUAUCAUCAUCGUCAUUGUGGUGGCUGGCAUCGUUCUGAUGGCUCAAGGAAAAACAGAGAACUUGUCAAAUGCAUUUGAAGGCUCAUCCACGUCUUUUGGAGCAAUUGGACUCGCUUUUUAUAACGGACUUUGGGCUUAUGAUGGAUGGAAUCAACUGAACUUCAUCACAGAGGAGCUAAAAAACCCAUACAGAAAUUUGCCUCUGGCCAUCGUCAUUGGAAUCCCUUUGGUGACUGUGUGCUACGUGUUUGUCAACAUCGCUUACUUUACUGUUAUGACGCCCUCUGAACUGCUGUCGUCUUCAGCUGUUGCAGUGACUUUUGGGGACAAAGUCCUUUACCCUGUGGCUUGGAUAGUUCCUCUGUUUGUGGCCUUUUCAACAUUUGGUUCUGCAAAUGGAAGCUGCUUCACUGCUGGCAGACUGUCCUAUGUAGCCGGUCGAGAGGGUCACAUGGUGAAAAUCUUAUCCUAUAUUAGUUUGAAACGCUUCACUCCUUUACCUGCUCUCUUAUUUAAUGGCAUUUUGGCUAUAUUCUACAUUAUUCCUGCGGACAUCAAUACUCUGAUAAACUACUUUAGUUUUGCUCAGUGGGCCUUCUAUGGUCUGACAACUCUGGCUCUAAUCGUCAUGCGUUUCACCCGGAAAGAUCUCGACAGGCCUGUGAAGGUGAGGCUUUCUGAAAAGCUUCCAACAGAUUUAAUU